GGCCCGGGCAGAGGUGGGGGUAACUCGCUACAGCCAGGCCUAAAGCCAGCUCUCGGUUCGCUCGCAAGGGAAGCGGACCGACACGGAGGGGCUCGCGAGGGGACCGGUCGUGGCGGUGUCCGCCGGGACCCGCCCGUCUCUCGAGCACCUGCCCUCCGGGGAGAGCCGCUCCCCGUCCCUGCGCCACGCGGGCGGCGGGGCCGGGCCCGGCGGGACGCUGUCCCCGCAGCCCCUGUGCGGCUCCUGGGCGCGGCUCCCGGGGAAGCGCCGGGGCCGGCAGCGGCGCGAGGGGCGGUGCCGCGCGCGGCCGUUGGGAAGUUGCGUCACGGCGGGCGCGCGCGGCUGCGCGAGGGCGGCGGAUUCGAACGGCGGAGGGAGCGAGGGCGGCGCGCGCGCGGCGGGAGCGGCGGGAGGAGGAGGAGGAAGAAGAAGAAGAGGAAGGAAAGUAGCAGGAGGAGGAUGAGGAGCACGGCGCCUCGCACCACUUUGCGGAAAAUAAUAAAGAAGCACAAGCCGCAGUUACGCCUGGCGGCGAACGCCGACCUGCUGGUUCAUUUGAACUUCUUACUGUUUCUCCAUCGGCUAGCAGAAGAAGCCCGGACAAAUGCUUUUGAGAACAAAAGUAAAAUAAUUAAACCUGAGCACACCGUAUCUGCAGCGAAGGUUAUUUUAAAGAAAAGCAGAGGCUAGAAAACAGACCACUGGAAUUUUAAAGGACAUUUUUCAUGUUUUCUGACUAACUUGAGUUAUACUGUAAGCCAGCUGUGUAGCACUUGUGGAACUAUGUAGUUUUGUUGAUAUCUAUCUCCUGACUAUCUCACUGUUUCUUUAAAAAAAAAAUUAAAAAAAUCUUAGAAUGUAUAUUUUCAUACACUUCAUGCAUAAUUUUAAACUGUGUAUCACUUGUCGUUUAAGACUUUUGAUGUACCUUUUUUCAUAAUGAUGGAGGAAUGCUUGUACCAUAGAUAUCCUUCAGGUACAAUCUGGCAUUUAUUACUAAAAGUGUGAAACUUCUUAAAGGGAACAGUAGUUAAAAAAACCUCAACAAGUUUCACUAAAUCCAGUAUAGACUGUGCAGUUCAGAGCAGAUUUACUAGCUAAACAAAAUUAUGGCUUUCAAAACAACUACUGUAGAAACAAGUAUAUUAAAUACCUUGUCUUCAGUUUAUUUAUAAAUGUCUUGAUAAUUUUAAAAUUGCUUUGAAAAGUAGAUUAAAACUUUUGAGUUCUGGGGAAAGAAUACAUAGUUGCUAUUUUAAAUCAUGUUCUGAACUCUUAAGCUGACCUGUUGACGUAGUAUAUGUGACAACUUGGUGGUCUGUAAUUCAGUCGGUGUGGACAGAUGCACAGGUUAUGAAAAAGGAAAGAUCUGGCACAGCUGAUGUUUUCGAAGUUAGGUCUUGUAAAAAUAACAAAGAUAAGUUGGCAUGAGUGACAAGCUAUUUCCUUCCCUCUUUUGAGUGUCAUACUAACUUGUCAGAAGUCUGGAAAUGUACAUUAUGCAAAAAUGUCUUCUUAAUAUAAUAUUCUGUUCCUAUUCUGAUAUUUGUAAUCAUUUACUGAACACUUUGCUUAAAAAAAAAAAUAAAGUUAUAGAUGAAUCUUAGAGUUUGAGCUGAUAAUGCAGUUUUGUGGAAUUAUAUGGUAGUUGAUCCUGGAUAUGCACA